UAAUAAAAUAAUUAAAAUCAAGAGAAUCACAAACUAACCUUGGCCUUUGAGUUUUCUAUCAAUCGGUUUUUUCCAUGCUCAGCUUUCAAUCGAUCUUCAAGUUUCUAUCUUUCUAGGUGAUCGGUUAGGGUUUGGAACUAGUACCGGUGUGAAAGCUGUUUGGUUCUUUGAUUGCAGCUGUCUCACAGAUUCUUGGUUUGAUAAUCAUCGUUGUAGAUUGUUAGAGAGAUUUUAAAUUAGGGUAAUCAUGGCGGAUGCUGUGUCUUUGGUUGGUUCGAUUGUGAGGAUCUCUGUGAAGAACGAAGCGAGAACAGUUCGAUUCCCGGUGAAAGGGGUUGUGUUCGAUACGAGAAAGAAGAAGCCAAUGUCGGUGUUCCCAAUCAAGGCUCUUGCUAUGGAGCUGACGAAAGAGAUGCCGAAGAAGAAGAAGAAGAAAGACCCAAGGACUUGGAACUAUCUUGAUUCCGGUUCGGUUGAUAAAUGGCCUCCUCCCGAGAACAAAGCCGACAAGCCUUCCUUGCACAACCCUUUGCUAAGGCAAGAGCGUAUGGGUUGCGGUUGGUUAGGUGCGAUAUUCGAGUGGGAAGGUGUUUUGAUCGAAGACAAUCCUGGCCUUGAGGGGCAGUCGUGGCUUACUUUAGCUCAGGAGGAAGGUAAGUCUCCUCCUCCAGCUUUUUUACUCAGACGCAUCGAAGGGAUGAAGAACGAGCAAGCGGUCUCUGAGGUUCUGUGUUGGUCGAGAGACCCUGCUCAAGUUAGGAGAAUGGCUUCCCGUAAAGAGGAGAUCUUUAAGGCUUUAGAUGGUGGAGUGUAUAGACUAAGAGACGGGUCACAGGAGUUUGUGAAUGUCUUGAUGAAUAACAAGAUCCCCAUGGCUUUGGUUUCGACCCGUCCUCGUGAGACGCUAGAGAACGCUGUUGGUUCGAUUGGGAUAAGGAAGUUCUUCAGUGUGAUAGUUGCGUCUGAAGAUGUUCACAGAGGUAAACCGGAUCCUGAGAUGUUUGCUUACGCAGCGCAGCUUCUUGAUUUCAUACCGGAACGUUGCAUUGUGUUUGGAAACUCGAACCAGACCAUUGAGGCUGCUCAUGAUGGGAAGAUGAAGUGUGUGGCUGUGGCUAGUAAGCAUCCGAUGUAUGAGCUUGGAGCGGCGGAUCUGGUGGUGAGAAGGUUGGAUGAGUUAUCCGUUAUUGAUUUGAAGAAGCUUGCGGCUGUUGAACUGACGGAGUUCGAACCGGAAUUGGAGAUGGAGAAGGAAGAUGAGCGUGAGCUGCCUUCAUCUAAUGUAGCAGUUGAUGAUUUCUUCUAAUGGGAGUGAUCUUCUGUAAUGUUGUACAGUUUUAUGGAUUUGGAUUCUUCAUCGUGUAUUUCGGUAUUCACAAAAUGUUAUAGUUUCUGUGUAUAAUUGGAACAGGUUACAUGGGAAAAAUAUAUAAAUGUACACUCGUAAAUAUACUAUUCGUUUUAAAAUCUU